AGGCUUGGCUCCAGUGUCCGCUUUGGGACGCACUCAGCGCGGGGAAAAUGCUGCUCUCCGUACCGCCAAGGACAGCCAUCAACCCCUACAGCGGCUCGUACAACAGCAGGAACAGUAAAAAGCAGCAGUCCUAUGUAUCCUCCGGCCCCCAGAUGGCGCCCCCGAGUCCCAACACUAACAGCAGCAGCACGAGCAGCGCAGGUGGCGAACAACUGAGCAAAACCAACCUGUACAUCCGCGGGCUUCAUCCCGGGACGACCGACCUGGACCUGGUGAAACUCUGUCAACCGUACGGGAAGAUCGUAUCCACCAAAGCCAUCCUGGACAAAACGACCAACAAGUGCAAAGGAUAUGGCUUUGUGGAUUUUGACAGUCCUGCAGCAGCUCAGAAAGCUGUAACGGCUCUCAAGUCCACCGGAAUCCAAGCGCAGAUGGCCAAACAACAGGAGCAGGACCCGACAAACCUGUACAUUUCCAACCUGCCCGUGUCGAUGGAUGAGCAGGAGCUAGAGUCCAUGCUCAAAUCCUUCGGACAGGUGAUCUCCACACGGAUCCUCCGAGACGCCAACGGAACAAGCAGAGGUGUCGGAUUUGCCCGGAUGGAAUCCACAGAAAAAUGUGAAGCCAUUAUUCAACAUUUUAAUGGAAAAUAUAUAAAAACUCCACCUGGAGUUCCAGUGCCGACGGAGCCGUUGUUAUGCAAGUUUGCUGAUGGAGGACAAAAGAAAAGACAAAAUCAGGGGAAAUACCUGCAGAACGGUCGGCCCUGGGUCCGAGACCCUGAUACGGGAGGAAUGACGCUAACGUACGACCCGACAGCCUUACAGAACGGGUUUUAUUCGUCUCCAUACAGCAUCGCUCCGAACAGAAUGAUUGCUCCGACAUCUUUGUCCCCCUACAUGACUUCUCAAGUACCGUCAUACCAGGUUCACAGUCCGUCAUGGAUGCACCACCAGUCAUACCUCAUGCAGCCCGCAGGGGCGGUUUUAACCCCAGCUAUGGAGCACACCAUGUCCAUCCAGCCCACCUCUCUGAUGAGUCCUUUAACCCAGCAGCUCAGUCACCUCUCAUUGGGAAGCGCUGGAACGUACAUGCCUGCAAACACGACUAUGCAAGGGACCUACAUCCCUCAGUACACGCCUGUUCCUCAGUCCAGCGUCUCUGUGGAGGAGAACAGCGGAACCCAGCAACAACUCCCCAUAGAACCCACGGCAGAUCACAGCAACUACACGUACCAGCACAGCAAGUAAAGCUAAGGACAUGUGAUGUGUUGCGGCGGUGUGAUGCGGCGUGUUGCUGCAGUUAACGGCGGUUUGUCCGUGAGGUGAUUAAUUUUACCGCUGAUGUGCAGAACCAGAGACACAGAUAGACCCGGUUAAAAAAAAUGGAUAAAAACACGGAUGAACAAAGCAACAGGUUUUUUUUUUUGUAGAGUAGAAAUUCAAAACGGACAUCACUCAUCUUUCACUCUCCGAAAGAACUUCAGCCAGAGGUGGGAGAUUUCAGAGAAGGAGCUUUUCUAUUUUGAUAACAAAAGAAAAAAAAAGUAAAAACAAUAAUAAUAAUUGCUAAAAGAGUGAAGAAAGACACGCUGUCUUAGCUUCAAGUGCGUCAGAGCGAAUUCUUAUUUUUUAAGAAAUUCUCUUGAGAAGCUGAGAUAAAAAAAAAUGCAACAUCAUGUGUCUAUUAUUGUUUUUCUUUUGUAAAAUAUGCAAGUUUUUAUUUUUUAUUUUUAUUUUGUUUUUCAGCAGCAGUGUGAGAUAUUUUUGUACUGAUAUACGAACAAUGCAUUAUAUUUUAUUUCUCAUUAUUUUUAAACUUAAACUUCUAUUUUUGCUACAAGAGAACCAUUUAAAGUCAUUUCUCCUUUUGUGUCAAGGUAAAAAAAAAAAGAAAAUAAUAAUAAUUAUAUAAUUGUAGUAAUUUUAUUUAUUUAAAAAAAUGCAAUAGACAAUCAUAAUUGUGUUAUUUAUUCGUGACGAGAUAGCAUAGAAUUUCCUUAAAUACAUUUUUCAAGGUUUUAUUUUUUUUAUUAUUUGGCUUUUUUCCUGCCAUGACCUCAAAUUUUUAAAUAAUAAUGGAAAAAGUUUUACUGACUAAAGAAGUGACUUUAAGUGGUUUUAUUAAAAAACAACAACAACAACAAAAAAAAAAAACAUGCCCAAAUUCAUGAAUAAUGUUUAGUAAAAUGUUCAUGUCCUUUGCAUCACCGUGAGAGUAUUACAGCAAGCUGCAUCACAUGGAUGUGAAACACGGCGUCAUUAAAAUGAGACGAUUUGUGUGCAUUUGAGAAACAUUUGAGAAUUCUCUUAAGUCAGAAUUUUUUUGGUGCUGGGUUAAUUCUUGAAUUAAAUAAAUAACAGGAAAAAAAGAUUAACAUGUCCUUUAAAGGAUGAGAUUUUUUUUGCUGCUCUUUAAUUUUUGCAUUUUCUCUUGUGUUGUUGUAUUUGUCGUUUGCAUGUUACUUUUGUUUCUCUGUAAUGUCCAAUGAAAAAAAGUCUAAUAGAGAGUAGAAAUUACAUAGCUGUAGAAAAGAGAGCAAUGUUUUCCUUAAAAUGUAUUAAAAAUGUAUUUUUUUCUUUUUUUUAUCACCAAAAAUUCCUUUCACAUUUCUUCAUACCUUAAAAAAAUUAACCUUCAUCAUGACGUCUAAACAAAAAGGGCUUUUUAUAUAAAAAAACAAAACAGGAACUCUUUAAUUUUAAUGAAUGUAAAUACCAAUGAGCUUCUUUAAAAAAUAUCCAAAAAGUAAACAAAUAAACACUAUUUUAAAGUUUUGUAAUUUUGCAAAAUCUAAAUGUCAUCAUCGGUAUAAUAUCACUAGCAAAAUAGUUUAUUUAUUUAUAAUUGGUUGAGAAUAAAGAUCAGGGGAGAACGAAGUCUGUAGUGGUGAAAUACUGUAGCGUGCUAAUCCUGAAAUAAUUUAGCUUUUUAAAUAAGCUAUUUUUUAUCAUACUGUAAACAUUUUAUUUAUAUCAGCUACCAAAGAUAACAAUGGACAUCUGUGGUUAGACUGUGCUCACUGACAGAGUGCGCUAUUGCAGCUUUUUAAUAGCCAACUAAUUAGCUAAUUAGCGGCUAUCAUAUAAGAUUAGCGCUCUGUAUAAGUCAGCACGCUUGCCAGUGAACACUUUAUUUUAUUUACACACACAUUCAAACGUACAUAGCUGCUGCUGUUUUUCUCUUUUGGAAUCAACACACAUGCACACAGUGCAUUAUGGGUAAUUUAUGUUUCCUCAGCCAUUUGGAAUAAAAUACAAGAACUUUUUUAAAUUACAGAAUAUAAAACAUUGUUGAACAGCAUCAAUAUCGAGCAAAAUAAAUAAAAAUUUUACACUUAUGCAAAUUUUACUUCAUCUAAUGUAAAUUUUACUAGAUCUAAAGACACUACAGCGCCAUUACAGAUCAUUAUUUCAUUAAUUUUUUUCCGUAUAAAUUUAAUUUUCUUUGUUUUUUUAAUAAACGUUGACCCUGAAAUCAAGAUGGGAGUUCUGUUCAUAUUUUUCUUUUCUUAAUCCAGAACUAAAUCUCUCUUUUUCCUUUCUUUUUUCUUUUUAACUUUUUCCCUGUUUUUUAUGUUGUUGUUUGUCAGUGUGAUUUAUAAUUUGUUUCAAACAAAGUAUAUUUCACAGGUUCAAAACAUGCAGCUCACCUCAUGAAGGAAGCAAAUAUGGGUUUUAAUCAAGGAUUAUACUUGUUUUUUCUUUCUUUUUUUUCAAUAAAGAGCUUAACAACUAUCUAAAAAUACUACAAAUCCAAAACCAAGUUUUGAAACUAUGAAAUGAUGCGUUACAUCACAGUGUUCUUUUUUAUAUAUAUAUUUUUAUGUUAUUUAUGGUUUUCUCCAACAAAUGUAAAUUUUUGUUCUUUUAAAACGAUGUGUGAAGUUUGUAAUCAUCUUUUUUUAUGCAAGUUUCAGGGUUCUUUUGUUUUUCAUCUGUCCAACAAAAAUAAUACUCGUUUAAUUUCAUAACUAAUAUAAUAUAGAACUACUUCUAAUAAUGAAGUAACAUUAAAUUAAAAAAACCAAGAGAUUAAGUAAAUAUUUCUAAGCAGUUGUUUAAAUAAUAAAUGCAUUUUUUUUCUUCUUUUUUAUUUUAUUUUAAUGUUCACAUCUCCUGCUUCCUGGCCAUGCCCACAUAAUAAAUUUUUAAACAUCAGAAAGAAAAAAAAAGAUGACUUUGAGGUGUAUAUUUAGACUUUUUUUUUUUUUUUUUUUUUUACAAUAAAACAACACAAGUUUUAUUUUUUUUUUUUUCUUCUUGCCUUGUAAAGUUUAUUUCAUAGUUUCAAAACACUCAGCUGCUAUAAUAGGAGAGUCAAGCAGUUCAGGAGAUAAAAGUCACACUGACCAGGACUUAAUUGCGAAAUGUGCCUCAGAAAAAGAAAAAAAAAUCCACUGAAGCAGGUGAUACUGUCUGCUGUAGCACAAUGCUACAAUGCUAGUUUUUACCUGUGAAUAAAACACAGCAGGCCUUAUGUUUAUAAACAAUUAAGUUCAAAAGAAAAUUGCAUUUUUUAAACAUAGGAAUAAUUUUCAUAUUAAAACUAGCAACAGUUAGCAUAAAGAUACUGUUAGCAUUAGAAUUACGAUGUUUUACUCUUAAGCACAUGGGCAAUUUCUGUGAAAUCUUUGAUGGACUUUUGGAGCUUAAACCAGUAAAUCUCAUCCACUGAGUUGUCCUUGGUUGAGGAGAUCUUUUGGUCGUCCAGAACUUUUCCAGGUUUGAAUCGUUCAUCGUGUUUAUCAUGCAAAAGUUUGGCUGAUCUCUUGAACUGCUUUUUUUGUUUAAAAAAACAAACAAACAUGUUCCUUAUUUAUAAUAUUACACAUUUUGUACAGUUAUCAAAAGAGUUUUCAUAUUAUGGUUUGCUUUGAUGUCUGCAUGUCUUCCUGUGCCACUGCAGAUUUCUUUUUUUCUUCUAUUGUUCUUUUAGUUGUUGAUAAAAACCUUUUACUUUUUCUCAGUUUUUUGCUCUUUUAUAAAUAAAUUUUUUUUUAA